GGACAAUGCUGCUGGUGGCGGCGGUGCUAAGCGCCAUGAGCGCCGGAAGUCUCGCCUUCAUGCCCGGACACACGGGAAAUGCUUUCGUCUCGCAAGCAUCUCAGACCUCCUCUUCCUUCUCAUCGCCCUCCGUGCUUCCAAGAGCCCUCGGAGCCAGGGGAAGGGCUAGGGUCAGCGCCGCGGGCCUGUCUAUGCAGAUCAACAAGUACAGCAGGACCCUGACGCAGAAGAAGUCACAAGGAGCGUCGCAGGCGAUGUUGUAUGCUACCGGUCUGAAGCCGGAGGACAUGAACAAAGCUCAGGUGGGUAUUUCAAGUGUUUGGUAUGAGGGAAAUCCUUGCAAUAUGCACCUCCUCGACCUUGCGGGAGAGGUCAAGAAGGGAGUUGAGGCAGCUGGCAUGGUUGGCUACCGCUUCAACACCAUCGGAGUGUCCGACGGUAUCUCGAUGGGAACCGACGGCAUGUCAUACUCGCUUCAGUCACGAGACAUCAUUGCGGACUCCAUUGAGACUGUUGUCUGUGGACAGUGGUACGACGGCAACAUCGCACUUCCCGGCUGUGACAAGAACAUGCCAGGAACCAUUAUCGCCAUGGCGCGCCACAACCGCCCAUCCAUCAUGAUCUAUGGUGGAACUAUCAGGGCAGGAAGCGCCCCGGAGAUCGAUAGGCCAGUGCUCGACAUCGUUUCAGCUUUCCAGUCUUAUGGAGAGUUCCAGUAUGGAAAGAUCACUGAGGAACAGAGACAGACCAUUGUGCAGAAGAGUUGCCCUGGACCUGGUGCUUGCGGUGGCAUGUACACUGCCAACACCAUGGCGACCUCGAUCGAGGCCCUCGGAAUGUCGCUCCCCUACUCCAGCUCUUACCCAGCUGACUCCAAGGAGAAGAAGAUGGAGUGCUACAACUCCGGCAAGGCCAUGAUGAAGCUGCUCGAAAUGGACCUGAAACCGCGCGAUAUCAUGACCAGGGAGGCCUUCGAGAACGCCAUGGUCAUGGUCAUGGCGACGGGCGGCAGCACCAACGCUGUGCUCCAUCUCAUCGCCAUGGCGCGAUCUGUCGGCAUCAAGCUCACUGUCGACGACUUCCAGCGCGUCAGCGACAGAGUGCCCAUGCUCGCCGACAUGAAGCCCUCGGGCAAGUACGUGAUGGAGGACAUCCAGAACAUCGGAGGGACGCCUGCAGUGAUGAAGUACCUCGUGGACAAGAAUCUCUUCGAUGACAGCCAGAUGACCGUCACCGGCAAGACGAUCCGCGAGAACCUCGAGAGCCUCCCCGGGCUCACUGACGGUCAGAAGAUCAUCCUGCCGGUCGAGGCCCCGAUCAAGAAGACCGGGCACUUGCAGAUCCUCUACGGUAACGUCGCUCCCGAGGGCUCCGUGGCCAAGAUCACGGGCAAGGAAGGAGAGACUUUCUCUGGAACUGCUGCUGUGUUCGACUCUGAGGAGGACAUGCUCGCAGCGUUGGACCGCAAGGAGAUCAAGGCAGGGAUGGUUGUGGUGAUCCGCUACGAGGGCCCCAAGGGAGGCCCUGGAAUGCCAGAGAUGUUGACGCCGACGUCGGCGAUCAUGGGGGCCGGGUUAGGGAACGACGUGGCUCUGAUCACUGACGGGAGGUUCUCCGGAGGAACCCACGGGUUCUGCAUCGGUCACGUGACCCCCGAGGCCCAGGUUGGCGGGCCGAUCGCCCUGAUCCGCAAUGGCGACCCGAUCCAGAUCGACGCGAGGUCGAGCGUGAGGACGCUGAACGUACUGGUGAGCGACGAGGAGAUGGCGAAGAGGAAGGCGGAAUGGAAAGCUCCUCCUCUCAAGGCCACCCAAGGGACUCUGUACAAGUACAUCAAGGCGGUGUCGACUGCGUCCGAAGGAUGCGUGACUGAUGCUUGAGGAGGCGAUGACAAUGAAAAAGGGUCGA